UGUCGCCCUCCUCCCUCAGGUACACGAGCUGUGUGACAACUUCUGCCACCGGUAUAUAUCGUGUUUGAAGGGUAAAAUGCCCAUCGACUUGGUGAUUGACGAACGUGAUGGUCCUAAGCCCGACUUGGGCACUGGGGAUUCAAACAACAACGCCGCGGCCGCCGCUGCUGGGCGGGCCUCGGCCGAUACCACCCACACCGACGGCGCCUCAACACCAGACGUGGGUCCCUCGUGGGAUUCAAGUGUUGACUCAAAAGGAGCUACCAAACACGACCAGACUGAAUUCGCAUCAUCGGCGCUGCUGUGUUUGCCAAAGCGGCCGCCGUCGUCGUCUAUGUCAUAUUCUGGGGGCGCGGGCGGGGAUGACGCCCGAUCUCCAGGGUCGGGCGGCACCCCCGGUCCUCUCUCCCACCAGCCCGCCUCCCAGCAGUCCGCAGACAACACCAGCGAAGCAGGUGGGUCUGAUCUACCGACACUAGUGCGAGGUCAAGCGGACAUUUUAGGUAGGUGUCAAGGCCAUCUUGAUUACCUUAAACUCCCUUACCUGUCCCCUGUGUCACUCUACUCCUCUUACCACUGCUCGUAG